UGUAGCAAAUCAUGGAAACCGGUGUCGAGUGGUACGCUUCGCCUCGCUGUAUUGCAUGUGACCCCGUUUUGGCUCCAUUCCUCCGACGGAGUGUGAGAUGGUGCGUGCGAGGGAGGCGACCCGCCUCAUCUCUCUCUCUUUAAACCAAGUCGAUUGAUCUCUUUGUGCCUCUCGAGUUCAUAGCCAUAAAGGAGAAUGAGAAGAGCCUUCUCCUAUAUCGAUCCACUGAUGCAGAGAGAGGAGGACGAUGUUAGCUAUGAUUGCUGCAGUGGAUGCCAAUCUGGUUGGACCGACUACUUGGACAAGUCCUGCGGUGAGUGCCCUCAGCCUCUCGGCUGCGGCAAAGGUGGUUCCUUUGAGGAAGAGGAGGAGGACCUGUCCAUGGUCUCCGAUGCGUCCUCCGGGUCUCCACAUUUUCCCGAGGAGGACGAGCAUUCCUGCGGCUAUCUUCGCUCCAGCACUUGCUUUCAUGCCGGAGGCUGCCUCUGCUCUGCCUUGACUCCAGCUGCUGGAUUGGCCGCGGGCGGUGCCAAGAAGAGGAGAGUCGAACCAGAGCAGCAGAGACAACGUUCUUCUCUGUUGGAUGACACCGCCAGUUCGCCUCUGUUCAGCUUCUCCAAGGCAUGCUAUAUUCCUGAUCCUUACUCUCCAUCAUCUGAUUUCAAUCCGCUGCUCAGCAUCAACGAAGCCAUUUUGGAGUUCUCUUGUGGCUUUAAGAGAAAUCUCCAACUGGAGAAGCAAAUGGGCCACCUUCAAUCCUCUGUUCCGGAGACCAAUAUCAAGAAAAGUAGGUGGGAAGAAGAUUUGGUGAUCGACUCAUCUGAAGCAGAAACAUGUGGAUGGAUCUUUGAAGUUCUCAAAAGAGAUCAACUUUAAUCUUCUACUGUACCUCUCUCUCUCUCGCCUCUGUUAUUUUCCUUGUGGCAAGUCAAUGCAGUGGGAAGGAAGCGAUCGACCUCUGCAACAGAGCAGAGAAGAGAAGAAAUAAUUACGUUCUCUUCAGCAUUCUUCUUCUUUUCAUUCUUUUGUCAUGAAUGGAGGUAACAAAAAGAGCCACCAUAGACUCUCUGUUCCCACCCUCAUCUCCCACCUUCUCACAAGGACAUGCAUUCAAAUGGAUGAGGUCCCAUGGAGGAGGAGGAGGAUCCGCAUCGAUCACCAGCCUGUCGAUCGUCAUGAGAUCACAAUAAUGAAAACUCACUCGAUAGAUUCAGUUCCAAGCCAAGUGUAAUGCUCACUCGACGCGCCAUGUCGUGAUCAAGGACCCUUACCCAGUUACCAUCUUGUCCGACUGGUCCAACAUUUGCAUCACCACCACAGGAAAUGGAGGACGCUUGCACUGAGAAGCUGGAGGCACGGUCACUCUCACCACCGGCUUGCCUUGCAUCACCCCAUUCAUGGCAGCGAGCGACUCAAGGUCGCUCUCCUGUAAACAAACACCAAGCUGCAUGCUUUAUAGUGUCAUGUCU